AGUCCCAUUUCCAUCCCAUUAAACCCUUUUCCCCCUAAACUCAUCCCCUCCCUCUUCUAACCGUUAUCUCUUCCUUCAGCCGCUGUUCUGACCAUCCUCGCUUUGGGAAUCAUUUCCACCACCCAGCCAGGAACCCUAAAUACCUCCGCUUUUCCGAAAUUAUAUCUCUUUCCACCUUCAAUCGCUUGUACGCCCUUCGCGUCGCCACCACAAGCCCUCUCGUGUCUCGUGACCGUUGUGAGAAUGCAGGGAAGCAGGUGAACCAACCGCCGAUUACCGACAAACAAAUAAUCCGCCUCCCCGCGUUCUCUUCACCAGCGUGAAUCUUCACGGGGGAGCACUGCCAUCUGAUCUUUGCUUCUCCGAUCCAGUUUCUCACGGCCAGAUGAGGUUCACAAUUGCAACUGGAGUAUUAUUCGGACUAUUGCAAAGCCCGAUCUAAGGAUCUGCGAUGACCGUGUGGUUCAUGGCGAUUGAAGAGGUUAUCGCUUCCAAACUCGUAAAGCGCUCUACUUAAAGCCUCUACUUAGCCUCUGUUUGGAUCGGUGAAUUUGGAGGGGAAAGGGAGGAGAGAGGGACAAAUGUCUCGAUGGUAACAGGAAAUGUAGGAACAAUGAAGAUUAAAAUUGGAAUAUCGACUCUAACUAGGGAAAAAUAGGAAAGCUAUGGUCCUGCUGUGAUUACAUCUUCCCCUGAAUUUUGCUUUUGUGACUUCAUCUGGCUGCAAUUUUCAGGUAAACUCUUUCUUCAUUUUUUUUUCUUUCGUUUUGAUUCGACGAUCUCCUCUUCUUCUUCCUCCCAUCUUUUCUUCUUCCUCCGUUCCCCACUAGAAUCAUUGUUCAAAUAUAUAUGACUUGAAUACAAAAUGCCCCCAAGUUUGUACCAGACCGCGAAAUGUGAUGUUUUCGUUGUUCUUUUUAUUUUUUUUUCGCUAUUCUUUUUUCGUUUUUUUAUCGGUUUAGAGAGGAAACAUUCAUAGGAUUGUCAUGAAUACCAGAAAUUUUAUUCAUUGUUUUGCUGUUCUUUGUCACAAGUAGCUGAAAUUUUAUUCAUCCCCUUGCCGUUCUUUUUCUUCUUGUUUCCUUAGAGAAACAGACGACAAGAGAUGAGUCAAAGAGGGAACAAAUGGCCUUGGUUCUAAGAUUUGUUGAUAAGAAAGGAUUUUUGAAAGAGCACUUCUUUGGUGUUGUUCAUGUGGUAGAUACAUCAGUUAAAAGUAAAACUUUGAAAGAUGCUAUUGUUUCUUUACUUUCUCAUUAUGAUCUUGACAUUCAAAAUAUUCAUGGUCAAGGAUAUGACGGUGUAAGUAACAUGAGAGGUGAGUUUAAUGAACUUCUAACUUUGAUUAGCAAAGAAUGCCUUUAUCUUACUACAUUCACUACUUAGCUCAUUGUUUGCAAUUAACUUUAGUUGCAUCAUCGAAAGAGGUCAUUCCUAUGUAUAAUUUUUUUUUUUCAAACUUGACAUACAUUGUCAAUAUUGUUGUAGCGUUUUUUAAGCAUAAUAAUGAAUUGAAAUCUAUUUA